GCGAAUGGAGUGUGAUGUCAUAAUGAUAUCAUCGGGAAAUGCUAUUGUCGCGUAUUGGCCGAAAAGAAACACAUUUUAGUAACUCGAUGUUGGUUUGUUUGUAGGCGCAAGUAUUAAUCAAGUAGACGAGGUAUAUCUCGGAUAUCAGUAGCACAUGGGAUGUGAAAUUUUAAUAGGUUAUUAUCCGUCGUUUCGCGUGUGCUUAUAAUUGUGUGUUUUAACGCCAUCGCUGUAUUCGCUGUUCCGUUCCGUGUGUUCUCUCCUACUGUUCAAUGUUCUGUAGAAUCAAUAACAGCUGACGUCAGAGUUGUUCCAUCGCGAUAUCAGUCAAGCGGUAGGGGGGAAGUGCACUUGUUUGUAACUUGGCUAGUAGUGUCAUAUUAUAUCCGCGCAAGUGGUUCUACAAUGGUUCUUGUGUUUUGUGCGUGAAUUUCUGCGAUUGUGCCGUGUAAGUUCAAUUAUUUCAACUGUAUUGGACUUGGUUUUAACUGUCAAUUGUUCAAAUUGUCCGCUGCGGACUCCGCUCCAACUGUGAAUUUCUGCAUAUUUAAACAGCGUGCUGUGGCCUUCACCGGCGAACCUAUUGUUGACAUUGACGGGCUUUAAGGCAAAGAUUGCUAAAGGCCAAUAGAGGUCAACACUCAACAAAUAUUUGCAGUAAACGAUACUUCAGUUUUACAUGUUCUCACUCGACUCUACGUUAUGAAUUUGAAUGACUUCAUUGUGAAGUUCAAUGGCGGUGCCUUAUUGAUUGAUCAAAAUGUUGAAGACAACAGAAAUGCCGACGUUUCGGAAAAUAUAUUUUCAUGUGCAGGACAGAGAAUUUAAUUUUCCCAACAAUUAGGUGCAUUCGGUUUGGAUUCAGACUUCUUAUAGUCAGAAAUAAAUUUUCAUACAAAGGAUCUAAACCGGAAUUAAUACACAAGGGAGUCGCUGGACUCGCAUAUAAUUUCUCCACGACGGGUUAUAUUUCAAUUUUUCCAAAAUUGCUGCCAUGGGUCGUAAAAAAAUACAAAUAUCCAGAAUUACAGAUGAACGAAACAGGCAGGUAACUUUCAACAAACGAAAAUUCGGAGUCAUGAAGAAAGCUUACGAAUUAUCUGUACUCUGUGACUGCGAAAUUGCAUUGAUCAUCUUCAGCAGCAGCAACAAAUUGUAUCAAUAUGCAAGUACGGAUAUGGACAAAGUGCUGCUCAAAUACACAGAAUAUAAUGAGCCGCACGAGUCGCUGACCAACAAAAACAUCAUCGAGAAGGAGCAUAAGAACGGAGUGAUGAGUCCCGAAAGUCCAGAACCGGAGAACGAGUACCAACUAACACCCAGAACCGAGGCUAAAUACAGCAAAAUCGACGAGGAUUUUCAAAUGAUGUUACAAAGAAACCAGUCUAUUAAUGGGCAAAGGGUUAGUCCUGUGAAUAUGGGUUCUUCAAAUUACUCGCAGCCAGUAUCGGUUCCAGUGAACAUAAGUUAUAGUGAUUCUGGUCUUCUUCAGUCUAGUCCACAAAUGGCCCACACUAGCAUUAGUCCUAGGCCAUCGUCUUCUGAAACAGAUUCGGUUUAUCCAAGUGGUGGGAUGCUGGAAAUGAGUAAUGGUUACCCAAAUUCAGCAUCCCCUAUUGGUGGUUCACCGUCGCCUGGUCCCAGUCCUGGUCCUGGAAUAAGUUCAUCUAAGCAUACCAAACAGCACUCUCCAGGACCCCGAUCUAAUUUACGAGUCGUUAUACCGACACCAUUAGGAUCCAAUAUUACCACUGACGAAGUUUCAUAUGCAGAGCAUAAUCGAACACAAUCGUCCUUAAACACGCCAGUAGUGGCCUUGCAGACACCUGGACUAGGUUAUUCAGGAGGAUUAAGUUCAUUCGGGGCCCAGGACUUUAGCAUCGGCUCCGAUAUGACUUUGACGUCGAUGGCUUGGAGCGGCCAUCAAAUGGUACCAUCUCUGGCACAUAGCGGAGGUGGUUCCAGUAGCGGAUGUUUGCCCCACUUAGCGGUAUCCAGUAGCACACCUCCACCGACGUCGGGCUCACCACUGCCUGUUAAAAUUAAAAGUGAACCGAUUUCUCCACCUAGAGAUCAUCACUCUCAUCUUUCUAGCACGGCCGUCCAUCACUCACAAGCGCACGUUCAAACCUUAAACUUGACGCACAGCGGCCACCAUCCGAGGCCGAGUUCCGCUGGUCACGUGACGCCGUCACCUGGUAGCGUCACUCCGACGAAUCUGCCGUCUCCGACGCCGCCUCCAGGACCGUCUUCGCAAUCCGAUUAUGAUACGGGCGCCCUGCAAUUGCACAAGAGGCCCCGGCUUUCUGAUUGGCCGUCAUAGGCCAUGUGGUACCCGCGCGGUACCACCUAGUGCCAUAGUGAUAACAUGUGGAAGUGGACUGCUUACAUGCGAUCUACUAAUUUUAAAUGACCGAAAAGUUUGUGUUAGGAUUUGAGCAUUGGCGCAAGAUGUUUUGUUUUCAUAGGCUGAAGCACCUAUUAAAUUUUAAAUUUUCCAUAUUGUGCAGAAUAUAGAUAUUUUUUUUUCAAAUUUUAGCGGGCUCGAGACAGUUAAUUUUUUUUUACGCAAAUUUUGGGGAACUCAACCACACAAUUUGAAAGAUUUAAGACUUUUUUUGCUUAAAAUUGAAUAGGUGCACAUUGAUUUUUGUAUAUAAGAUAGGACAGAAAAAAAUAUUUUAUACUAUAAAUGUAAUUGCUACAUUGAACAAAUCUUUACCCAGACUAAUACAUCAAUUGCCAAUUUUGUCAUCCCAUGUGAUAACCUUCGAGUCUUUAAUCAUUAUUUAAAAAAAAAUGAACUGGAAAUUUUACAUUUUAGUCAUAACAAAGUGAAUAAUUAUUUUGAAAAAAUAAAGGUAUGUUUGGUAAUGGGAGAGAAAGAAAAAGGAUGCUAGGAAAAAUGGAGAGAAAGUGAAAAAACUAGAAAGUAUAGAGAUUUUAUUUUUAAUGGGUUAUUGUGAUGAUACGCAGUCGCGGUUAGACGAUAGCGUCUGGGUGCCGAAAGCAUAUCUUCAUAUACAAUACCAUUGUAUAGUUAUAAUUUGUACCUACUUAUUGUAAUAUUUCUGAUCACGUCUAUUUUUAUUGACAUGAUAUCAUUAUUAUAUUACAUAAACUCAGUCAGUACACGAUAAGAGUUAUGAUCACGAAAUUAUACCAAUAGUGCAUAUGUAUUUACUGUAAUAACUUAUUUAGCUUUGAUAUCACCUUAGAGCAGGUAAAGGUAAAGGAGUAGUAACAUGGAGUUGGAAAAUGAAGCCGUUUUUUUCCAGGUAUUUUUUCACCAAAAAAAUGGCGGUAUAGGCAAUUCAAUGCUUUACCUGUAUUUUGGUGCCAAACACCUGCCAAAAACUUGGCUUCACUUAAGUUUCAUAAGCAGAAUGGCGCGUUCCGACUCCUUAUGUCCGUAGGACAGCGCUUUACCUGCUCUAAGGAUAUCACCAUAAAAUCGGAUUUAAAAUCACUCCCAGAUAGAUUACUUUAAUUUUUUUUUAUAUUGGUACGCUCACAAAAGACAAAGUCUAGCUAGAUUGCAUAAGCGGUAGAGUAGAAAUCAAACGAGAAGAAGCCACACGGGUUAUCGUUUGUCUCACUUUAAAUGGUAGGGACGCAGAGAAAAGGAAAUCUGCUUUCUUUGUCAGCGCUGAUGACAGUGGCUUCUUCUCGUUUGAUUUUUACUCUACCAUGAACGAAAGAAAUUAAGUGACGAAUCUCUCAGUUUGGUCAUCAAGGUCUAAGGAAACCUAUAAAAAUUUGCAUCACAAAAUAUCACAAAAAUAAUAUUAAUUUCUUAUCGGCUAGUCAAUCGGUUUGAGUUUAGCAUGUAAUAUAAUAACAUUUUAUCAAAAACAAGCAAGGUGGGCUUGCAAGAAAGUGCCAUUUUACUGUCUUGUAAUAAUUAUUAGUGUUUUUUUAUAAAUGUGUUAGAUAAGUUGAUUAUUGUUUAAAGAUGUACACUUGUUAUUAGCGGUUUUGUCCACUAACUAUGCCAAGAAUGUAAAGGAAGGGCGCUUUCUACUUCCCUACCCCCUAUACAAAAAUAAUAAUUAUAUUGAUGUUCUUUUAAUCCUAAUCAUUGUUGGUAAAGCUUGGUCACCAGGACAAUUUUUGAGUUAAAUUUUAAAUUUUACAAAAUAAAUUUUAUAAUAAUUGUUACAAUUAUUGUUGUUGCCUGAUAAGUAUAAAUUAAUAUAUCUAUAUACACAAAAAGAAAUAACGGGAAGGUGCAUUAUCUAUAUGAGAGCUAAUAAAUAACUAUAUUUUGUUAUAUUGUUAUUCGAUGAAAAAAGCAUCACAAAUGUUAACUAAUUCAAAAUGUUUUUAUAAUAUGCAAUUUCCUAAUUUAUUACCAAACACGUAUAUGUGAGUAUUAUAUUUAGGAUUAUAUUGAAUAUAUCUCAAAAUCACUGUUACGCAUUUGUCUUUUUUAUCUAUUGUAUUAUACAUUAGCUGGCACAAAGCUAUAAUAUCCUCAUCUUGAUAUUGAUCAUUCAAGAAUUUUUAUUAAUUACUUUUAAAACACAAGUGCUAAAAGUAUAUCACUUUUCAUGUCAUGAAAUGGCAUUUUAGCCACUGACAACAUGCGUUGAAAAUUAAAAUGUUACUGAAGUUUGUGAAAAAAAAUAUUUGUAUAUAAACUGGGUGCUGAAAAUAUAAAAAAAUAUAUAGGAUGUCAAAAAAAUCUUUCAAUAAAUAGAAUCCAAUACUCUAAUUUCACUAAAGCAACAUUUUGCAAUUCAUUUAGUUGACCAUUUUUUUUUUUUUUCACAUAUCCAUCUAAAAUGAUUUACAUAGAAAAUCCAAAGAGCCGUCAGAGACUUAUGUCUAGAGACCAACCAUAAGCCAAUAAUUAGGUGGAGAAUAGAGAUCCAGUACUUCGCAUAAGCGGGCUCCUUUUAUGCUGGUCUCUGGACCUUUGUAAAUGUAGUUAUCUGAUAGCUCUGGCCCACCCUGUAUAAUAUAAUUAGUAACCUAAAUGACUUUUGUGAAUUCUAGAAAGUAGAUAUAAAUUUAAAUGGGGUUUAUGUCCUGGUGCACCCACCCCCGGAAAAUGUAAAAUGAUUGGUGCUCUCCCUUAUCCUACGAUUGUACUCUGUCCACUGGCUGUUAUAGUUCUGGGACCAGGUUCUGAUAAAACAAAAAGUCCCGUUUGAUGUUUCGUAUAUAAAAGUACUGCUUUCUAAGGAACCAUUGUUUAUAGCCGAUUCGUUUGUGAUUCCAGAUUAGAUCGAUUGAACCGUCUAUUCUGCAAUGACACCUUAGAGAAAAAUAGAAAUUAUAUAAUUAAUUAGAAAUUGUACCAUAUAAAAUAUAUAUAUUUUAUCUACUUAUAUGUGCACCUAACUUGCACAUAGUUUAUAAACAAAAUAAAAGAUAUUUAUGUCGCGCCUAUUUUGGAAUUAGGUCUUUAUGGUUGCACCUCACCAAUAUCGGCUAACAAUAUCAUAGGUAUAGCUAGUACAUAAUUUUGAGAUGAAAAUGUUUCAAACUUUAAUUAUUAUUUAAUGUUAUUUAAAUUAUUAACUUCCAGUCGAAUUCGAUUUAUCAAAUAGUAAACACGGUCGGUGCUGCCAUGAGGGCCUAUUUUGGCGCUAAGGGGAUGCACAGUAUGUACCUGCGCGAACGACCCUCUCCACUGAAUUAUUUGUAGGAUUGCCUUACUCACAGUGCCUCGACAGUACGUACGUAUCCGAUGUAUUUUGAAUACAUUUUAAGAUAAAAUAUGUCGACGUAUCAUUAUUUCUUAAAUGCCUCUGCGGUAUAUUUUAUUGUCUUUUUCGACACUCACAGGGUAUUUUGCCAUUUACUAACACUUUAUGCUGCAGCAAUUUUUUGCUGACUCUUUGUGCCUUCUUUUACCCAUUUAAAAGAAAUGAUUAAUCCAAAUUGAAAUCACGGCAUUAUAAAAAAAAUAAUAAUAAAGCAGCUACAAACACAGACAUAAUUAAAUUAUAUUGCAAUACCUACAUUAUGAUUGGUUUAUAAUUAUUUUUUUUCUACAAUCAUUUAAGGCUAGAAUAUUGUUUACAAAAAUGCGGGUCAUGACAUUUGUCAUUCAUGAAAUUUAAUUUUUUUUUUAUGUUUUUUAAAAUUUUGUAUGCAACAUUUGCAAAAAGCAUAUUGCACUAACUACACAAAUUACUGUUUUUUUUUUACUAUUAUGUCGUUCUUUCGGUUAUACCUACAUUUUAAGGGUUUUUUUUUUCGGUAUGUUUUUGAAAUAUUUUUUUUAUUUAUAUCUAAAAGCAAAUCAGUCAUAUAUAUUGUGAAUAAAUAAAGUGACACCAAGUAUGUACUUAUCCAAUGACUAUUAUGUGCAGUAAAACGAAAACUUUCUAAUUUUACAGAGAUAUGCUGUAAUUUCUAUUUGUCAUCUUUUAUUUUACGAUUACAUUAUUAGGAAAUAGAUGGUUUGUUUUAACACUUUUUAAAAAUUACCCAUUCCCAGUGACCUUUGCAGAUGGCUUCCAGUGCUCCUUUUAUUUUUGGUAUGUGGAAUAUCUACAAUAAAAGUGCAUUAUAUAUAAUCUAUGUUUUAUAUUGAUUUCAGAUUGUUGUAUAAUUAUUACAAACCCAAAUAUUGUCUUCGAAAUGGUGUAAUAUUCGGCACUAUUUUAAUUGAAUUUAAUGAAAUUAAGCCAUUGUAGAUGUUUGACUACUUUUUAUAUAAGUUUUUUUUUUCAAUUUUAAUAUCCUUAUCACUUAUAAAGCUUUUUAUUGAUAGAUAUAUUAAGAAUACCUACCUAUGUUGUUUUUAAUUAGUAAAUACACAUUGGCACUAUUAUAAUACAUAUUGCAAAAGUGUAUCGAUUUCAUUUUUUGUGUUUUAACUUUGCUUUUAUGAAACGGACGAAAAUAUAAUUAUUAGCUGUACAUGUAAAUAGUAUACUCACAAAUAAAUUGUUGUACAAUGCCGUUUAACGUUAGCUGUACUGUAUAUUUUAUUUGUCUAACUGGUAAAAUUAUGUUUCCCUGAAGAUGUUAUUUCUUUUACAUCUAUAUUUGAUGUAAGGUGUUUUUCAGUCAUGUGCAAUAUUAAUCUGACUUUUAUUUAUCUACUUGUAUUGAAUUUAAACCAAAUAAAACUGUUUGUUACAAUAGAA